GACUACACUUCGGGUUAGAAUACAUUACUCGCCAGACAUAAAUGGGCGUCACUUGGAUCUCGUGAUACAGGGAAAUAAAACGUGCCAAGCGUUUAUUAUUCUCACUUCAUGAGCUGACGGAAGCACCUCAAAGGGUAACACGGUCAGAAAGAAACAUGCAUGUCCAGACGGGUUUCAUCGUUUUGCUUUGUCUAAUGGGAUUCACCUGUGCGGAGCCGGUGAAAUUCAAGGACUGUGGCUCAGCAACAGGCAAAGUCACCAUAGUCGACAUCAGCCCUUGUCCCGUGCAGCCGUGCCAGCUCAAAAAAGGAGGAUCCUACACUGUUAAUGUGACGUUCACAAGUGAUGAGCUGAGCCAGACAAGCACAGCAGUGGUUCAUGGCGUUAUCGCUGGAGUCCCCGUCCCCUUCCCUAUACCCAACCAAGACGGCUGCAAAUCUGGAAUCCAGUGUCCCAUCCAGCCACAGCAGACCUACCACUAUAUUAACGCUCUGCCUGUGAAGACUGAGUAUCCUGCAAUAAAGCUGGUCGUGGAGUGGGAACUGAGAGACGACAACAAAAAGGACCUUUUCUGCAUACGGUUCCCUGUGCAGAUUGUGAGCUAAAGAACGUCAUUACUUCUGAUGCGUGUUGUGCUAUUUUUUUUUAAAAGGGAUUCAGCUUUGAGUAAAACCAAAAGAAGAAUAAGAAUGACUCUGAAUAUCUCAUUUUACUCAUUCAGCAAAUUGAUUUUUAAGUUGCCUGUCACUAGUUUGCAAGACUUUGCGACUCACACACUUUAAACCCUGUUAAAAACAAACAGCUGAUUAUCGCUGCAGUCGAACUCGGCCACUUUUAAGAGCUGUGGAUGUGAAACGAUGAGGUUAAUGUUUCUAUGAUUGACUCAUAACUACAUUCCAUUACAGUGCAAAAGUCUUGUCUCACUGGCUGCUGUGUAGUCCGUAAAGGUACAUAAUGUGCUAAUAAAACUUUUGUAAUAUUUCUAACUAACUUUGUACUACUGUGAGACAUGUCAAAUUUGAAAUAUGAAAGUGAAAAUGAAAUAAAUUUAAUAAAGAUAACUGACGUAC